ACACCGGAAGUUGAACUACAUGAACCGGAUGUGGUUCUUGGUUACAAAGUAGCGUAAAUUGAGUUUUAGCGGUUAGCCGUGUGCUCAGCUUGCUUUGAUAUUUGGGACCGCUUUACCUGAAAAUUGUGUGAAAUCAGGUCUCAUUGUGAACUAUUAAUAAAGAAGAGUACGGGGAGAUGACUGAGUGACGACGUUUCAAAAGUUCUUUCCUUAAAAAGCAAAUAAAACGACCGAAGGAGCGCCACAUUUAGCUUUGUUAGCUUUGUGUGGACGGUAAAAACAACAACAGCUAUGACUCUGGCGGUGGGUCGAGAACCCAGGAAGACUGCGGGGAACCGCAUGUCAAAGUUACUGGAUGCUGAAGAGGAAGAUGAAUUUUAUAAGACGACUUAUGGAGGCUUCAACGAUGUGAGUAACCGAGCAGACCGACUCCGAGUGAGCUAAGGAGUUAGCAUGAGCUCCUGUGGGUGUCUGUAAACAGCUAAAUGAAUAUUUGUCAGAAUUUCACACAGAAGAAGCUGAUUUGACAACUAAACUAACUAGUUACAUUAAAGAAAUCAGUAAAAGUAUUGAUUUUAAAUGCAACUUAUAGCAGAUAAAAUGACUAUAGUAAUGAAAUCUGUAGCAUUACCCAAUGUAUUGUAUCAUAAGUUCACUAAAAGCAGGUACAGGGUAAGACAACUGUGUAUAUAGGAUUUUAACGUUCAGUAUUGGGUGUUAUAAAAUUGUAAUGCAUUUAACCAAAUCCAAAAAAUAGUAAUGAUAAUAUGAUAUCAAUUAGGGCUGGGCGAUAAAACAAUAGCGAUAUAUAUCGAAAAAUGAAUGUCCUGCAGUAUCAAUAUAAAACAUGAUUGAUAUGCUUUUCAAUAGUCGGGACUCUGCCAUGUUUUAGUAGACUAUACCAAUAGCCCAUGAAAAGGGGAGUUGCUCUGGGUCUGCUUCGCGCUGAACCAAUUGUGCUGAAUUAAAACACCUGUGUAGCCGAAACAGCGAACUAUUCAGUCCGCUUUCUCUAGUGCAACGCCUUACGACAAAACGUCAAAGAGACACAAAGACCUCAAAGAGGCAGUAGCUUAUUGUAUUGCAAAAGACACGCUACCAAUUGGCACUGUUAAAUUUUAUUUUUUAUAUUGUGAUGUAUAUCAGUAUCGACUGAUAUGAAAAAAAAAUAUUGUGAGAAACCUUUUCCCGUAUUGCCCAGCCCUAAUAACAACAUUGUAAAACAUCCAUUGGUUUAUGCGCUCUGUAACUAUUGACUUUAGUAUUGGCCAUAGAAAAAAUUUCUGGUGAACCUGUCAGGCUGCAGCAGUGAUUUGUUCACAAAUUUAACAUCUUAUUCAUCUGCAGCAUAUGAAAUGUUGAAAUGUUGAAUCUGCUCAUGCCACUUUCUUUUUCUUAAUGCGAACAUAUCAUUAAAACAGUAGCUCAGGUAGAGCGGUCGGCCAAUAACUGGAAGGUUGGCUGUUCAAUUCCCCCUUAUCCCUAGUCUGUCUGUUGUGUCCUUGGGUGAGACACUUAACCCAUCUUGCUCCCAGUGUGUCUCCUCCACUGGUGUAUGAUUGUGAGUGUUGUGUGGUGGUGGUUGAAGAGGCCAUUGGUGCAAAUUGGCAGUCACAUCUCCGUCAGUCUGCCCCAGGGCAGCUGUGACUACAAAGGUAGUUUACCACCACCAAGGUGUGACUGUGUGAGCGAAUGAAUGAUGUAUCCAAUAUAAAGCGCUUUGAGGGUCUAGAAUAUUAAAGUGCUAUAAAAUUUAAUGCAUUGUUACUAUUAUUUUUAUUAUUAUUAUUAUUAUUAUUAUUGUUAAAACCAGUAUGCUUUAGUGAGGCAUCAGUAACUGUGUCAGAAACUCACAGUUCUUCUUGGUAUCAACAACUUAGUGAAGGACAGAUGACAGCGCCAGUCUUCACUGCUUCACAGAUGAGAGGAAAAGCUUGUCAUGCGUCAGGACAUCACACCCUAUUUUUUGAUGUUGCAGCAACUUAAUUUAAGGUUGAUGACGAAUGGUACCAUCAAUUCUCAGUCUGGUUAAUUUUCUUAAAACAGCUGCUGGUUCAGGAGUUGACUCGUGUAGGAGGACUUGGCUACGGCUUGUCAGGCCGUUCUGACGUUAGUCUCAGCUGAGUUUAACAAGAGUAACAGAAAAAAAAAUCACUAACAAAUCCCAUGGUACCUUACUCAUCCUUGCUGAUGCUUAGAGAAAAUGUGUAUAGCUGAGCAGUUGGUUAAAUUUGAGGCUAAACUGACUUAUAAUGUCUGUCUUUUCAACGCAAAAUUUCAGAGUUUGCGUCUGUUGUGGUUUUUAUGUUGCAGCUCAACAGCACUGAGGGUUUUCUCAUGGCUUUGUCAACAGUUAUCAGUAAUUUUCCUUCCUCAGAUCUCAUUAAGUUUUGCCAUAGAGCUUUAAACACUUACAAGAGCUCCUGUUGCUUGAAGCUUGAAAUUACCACCAUGAUUCUUCCUGACUAACAGCAUAUAUUCUAUCUGGUACUGUAUAUCAGGCACUCUGAAUACAACAUAAUUAUAGAGUAGUUUAGCGAUCUGACUUGAGGGGGUAUUAUGGCGGUAACUGCAUUUACAGAUGAGCUGCUAAAUUUAUCCCCUUUUCCUUUCCAGGAAUCAGGAGAUGACGAGUAUCAUGGAGAACAUUCAGACACAGAGGAUGAGGUGGACAGCGACUUCGACAUUGACGAGGGUGACGAGCCGGACAGCGACCAGGAAGAGGACGCACCCAAGAGGAAAAGUCGAGUUGUCACCAAAGCUUAUAAGGUAGUUUAAAUUGUCUCAAGAGUCCCAGUCUGUGGAUAAGGUUCUGUCUUUUAUUAGGUGAAUCUGAGGCAAACCUGAGAUACCUUAUUGACCUUCUGUAAUACAAUUUCUAGCAUUCAGAUUUUUCAUCUCCACAUUAAAGUGAACACUGUUAAUAUGAUUAAAAGCUCCUUUCUAGUAUGGAAACUCUGCACUCCAAAUGAAACCUAACAUAAUGUUUUUCAUUUCAUCCAAGGAACCUAUAAAGGUGGCAAAACCUAAACCAAAAAGACCUUCAGAGGAGCAAAAGAAGACCGAGAAAGCUAAAGUAGAGCUCAAAAGGAGGAUUCCGCAAGAAUUCCAAGAUUUUGGCGAGAGUAAGAUGACUCCGAACGUCAUUUAGUGCCCACACAUAGUUUUCAAAUGAGUCACACAAAGUGCGUAACAUUUGAAGGUUAUCUGAUUUGAGCGACUUUAUCAUUCAACAGCUCGGAAAUCUGUGCGGCAGUCCACAAGUGAACACACCAGAAAGACCAACCUUCGCCUCCAGGAGCGACAGGAUGCUCCUCGAAGACGGAGAGGUGCUCACCGUGACCGGCCGCUGACUCAGGAGGAACUGCUGGCUGAGGCCAAAAUAACAGCGGAGAUCAACAUUCGAUCUUUAGGUUAAAAAAACAACAACAUCCCGUUCAUAUGAUUAUAGCUGUUUUCUGUGUAUUAGAAAUGAAACUGUAAAUAAAAUAUAAAAUCGCCUUUCUCCACUUAUUGUUCUUUCUGCGAGCAGAGAACUAUGAACGCCUGGAGGCCGACAAGAAGAAACAAGUGCACAAGAAAAGGCGUUUUGAAGGACCGACCAUUCGUUACCACUCAGUCCUGAUGCCGCUGGUCUCUCACUCUGUCCUGAAAGAAGAGAAUGUGGAUGUUGAAGGGUAUGUUUGAUCAACGUUAAGACUUCAGCAGCUACAGUAAUUCAGCUAAAAGAAUGCUUAACUUGCUGAACCGUUGUUUAUAUUAUAUAAUCUGUAAUCUGUGUUGGCUAAACUGAGCUCAAGUAUCUCAUCCCUUUCAGACAAUGAUAUACCUAAACAUUCUUUAUUCAUCAGGAUUAGUAGGUUUGCCUUUUUGCAACGAUUCAAACUCAACAAAAGAGUGAGGAAAGGAAUGAUGAAACUGUCCGUAGGAUGUUUUUUUUUUGCUAAAUUAGUCAUUUUGUCAUUUUCCUCUCAUUGAAGGCUGGAUCAGGAAGUCCCUCAGACGGCACCACAGAAUCUCACCACACCUUCUCAGCAGCCCGCAGGAGGCCUGUGCUCUCGUACGUACAUCACAUUUAGCGACGAUGAAUCUUUCGAGGCGGCCUUUUCUCACAGCGGUCAGUCAAGUCCUCCGCUGCCUGUCCAGGAGAUUUGUCCUGUUACCCAUAAGGCUGCGCUGUACAGAGACCCUGUCACUGACAUACCCUAUGCUAACGCACGAGCUUUCCGCAUCAUUCGGGAAGCGUACCGUAAGUACGUUGCCGCCCAUGGAUUUCCAAAUAUGUCAGGAGGGGUGACGGGAUUGGACUCUUCUGCGGGAAAGGGUGCUCGCCAGAAAAUGGUUGUUAAACAAAGUGCUUCAGGGAUGUAGAAGAGUUACCAAAAGUGAUAGAGAAUACAUCUCUGCAUAUUUUUGAAGCGGACUCAGACUCAGGAAGAGUGACUUGAUAAAUGACACAAGGAAAACCUGAAACCGGUCAGUUCUUUAACCAUCCAUGCAACGUGGUUAAUUAAAAAGAUUCAGAUCUUUUGACACAAUGUUUUUUUAAUGAAGCAAUUAAAAGUAAAACACUCAGUGCAGCUGCUGACUGAAUGGUAUAGAAUAAAGUUAAGCAAUCAUCACUGUAAGCAGACCAGUAUACGUGCAAAAAGCCUUCCCUUCACCAAACAGAGAAAUGAUCAGUUCUUACUUUUUUACUGACAAAGGUUGAGUGAACAAAAAAAUACAGUUUGUCUUUGAAACAAAAAAAGGAAGUAGUUGGUCUCUCUUCAGGGCAGAUGUGCAGCUUUUCAGUUUUCUUGUAUAUAAAAUAAACUUUUUUUAUUGUUGGGGUAUUUGGUUUCUUUAAG